AUGCCGCUGCAGACGGACAAUUUUCUAGGAAAUUUCGGGUUCAACUUUGAUUUGAUGCAUGCAUCAACUGUUCGCAGUAGCAAGGAAGGAAACGACACUUCGGUCACACUAGUGUUGUCAUCGGCUUCAACUCGGUUUCGGAAUCUCCUCGCCGCUGGCCAACCCGACGACUCCAUGGCAAAGAUAGAUAUUGAUCUGAGGGAGAUUCCAAACUCUAUCAAUGCCUUCAAAGCCAUGCUGAGCGGCUUGUACACUGGAGAGUUGAACUUCUCUCUGGCCGAUCAUGCCGAGAUUCUCGCGGUAGCCCGGCACUGCCAGGUGCCGACGAUAGAGAGCAAACUGUUGGCAGCUAGCCAAGACUUGAAUCCAUUCUCGGCCCUUUUACAACAACAAAAAUUCCCAACGAUCGCCUCGACACCGCCUUGGCAGACCUAUCUUCACACCUUGCUUGCCCUGUACAUGCAGCCUGGAUUGUUGGCUUCGACAUUCGGAAGCAGUGUAAUACCCUGCCCGACGACUUCAUUACUGGCUCCACCGACUCCUCCAGUCGAGGACAACAGAACACUUGCCGACGACCUGUCAUCUCCGCGUAACACUCCAACGAUAUUCAGUGAGAAAAUAGUGCCAAACGAUGACAAAGAA